AUGUACAAGGCAAACCUUGACACCCUCCUCUCUUCUGUCUCUUCUAAUAUUGGUACCGAUGGAUUUUACAAUGCCUCAAUGGGAGAGAAUUCAGAUAGAGUCAAUAUCAUUGCACUCUGUCGAGCAGAUCUUCAGCCUUAUCAAUGUCGGGAGUAUGUCGCCAAUGCAACCAUCGAAGUUUUAAAGAAGUGUCUGUAUCAGAAACAAGCAGUUUUCUGGCACGAAUUUUGCAUGGUGCGAUAUUCCAACAACGCUAUAUUAGGGACUCCUGCAAUAUUACCAUACGAGGUGGCUUUUAAAACAGAUCCUAUACCGGAUUCGGAAAAGUUUUACAAGGAGCUGAACAUAUUGUUGGAUAGUCUUCGUAACCAGACUGUUUUUAAUAGCUCAACGCAGAAAUUUGCUGCUGGUAGUCGGCCUGAACCAAAUUUUAAAAGAAUUUAUGCAUUUGAGCAGUGCACACCUGAUAUAACACCAGAAGAUUGUGGUGCUUGUUUAUAUCAAUCUGCACUAAUUAUUCCACGUGGAAACCCAGGAGUUAGAAUACUUACGCCUAGUUGCUAUCUUCGUUUCCAAACUAGUCCCUUCUAUAAUGAUACUAUGGUUAGAACGCUCCAGCUGGAACCAACACAAGCAAUACUAGUGCCACCGGCAUCAGGAAAGGAAGAUAAUGACAAUACGACUCGAACUGUUAUUAUUGUCGUCAUUCCAACUGUUGCAUGUCUAAUUCUUGCUCUUAGCAUUGGCAUCUUCGUAAGAAUGAGACGAAAGCAUAAGCCAAGCGGAGAACUUGAAAGUAAGCUUAGUUUUCUACUGCUAUCUACAUCAACCUCUAUUUAA